GCGGCCCCGGUUUUUGCCCCUCGCACGCCUGCCGUCUGUCUCCCUUGGGUUGGCCAGUCGAGCGUGCUACGUUCCUGAUGUGACGGAAAGCAAACAUUGCAAGACAAAAACGACCGACAAAUAAAAAGCAGAAAUCCCCUGUCCAGAACCACGUUCCCUUCCAUCUCUCUCCCCAUCUCAAUCCCUCUCUUCCCGAGACCCAAUCCUGCAUGUGCCCUCGUGCCUAGUUACCCCGAACCUAGAAGACAGCUUUUGAAGCCAGCCGCCACACCCCGUCGCCGUCCGCGCCGCCAUGGCUCCAGCUGCUACCUCCGCCAACGGCGACUCGCCGUCGACGUCGCGGUUCCACUCGUCGUCGACAAAGUCGGCCAUUGAGGCCGAGAACGAGUAUGCUGCCCACAACUACCACCCCAUGCCUGUUGUCUUUGCCCGCGCCCAAGGGGUCAACGUGUGGGAUCCGGAGGGCAAGCACUAUCUCGAUCUGCUGUCUGCGUACAGCGCCGUCAACCAAGGCCACUGUCACCCGGAGCUGAUCAAGGCCCUGACUGAGCAGGCCGGCCGCCUGGCACUGAGCUCGAGGGCGUUCCACAACGAUGUCUUCCCCGUCUGGGCCGCCAAGAUGCGCUCGACCUUUGGCUACGACAUGGUGCUGCCCAUGAACACGGGGGCUGAAGCCGUCGAGACGGCCAUCAAGAUCGCCCGCAAGUGGGCCUACAAGGUCAAGAAGGUUCCCCAGGGUGCCGCCUUGAUCUUCUCGGCCGCCGACAACUUCCACGGCCGCACGAUGACUGCCAUAUCCCUGUCCACCGACCCGGAGUCGCGCGACAACUACGGCCCUUACGUCCCGAAUAUCGGCGCCAUCAACCCCUCGACCGGACAACCGAUUCGCUACAACAACCUGGCAGAUCUCGAGGCCGUUCUCGAAGCCCACGGCCGCGAAACAGCCGCAUUCAUCGUCGAGCCCAUUCAGGGCGAGGCUGGCGUGGUGGUUCCGGAUGACGACUACCUGGCCCGCGCCCACGAGCUUUGCAAGAAGCACAACGUGCUGUUCAUCUGCGACGAGAUUCAGACGGGAAUCGCGCGCACCGGCAAGAUGCUCUGCUGCGACUGGGCCGGCAUCAAGCCCGACAUUGUGACGCUGGGCAAGGCCAUCUCGGGCGGCAUGUACCCCGUGAGCUGCGUCCUCGCAAACAAGGACGUCAUGCUCGUCGUUGAGCCUGGAACCCACGGGUCGACCUACGGCGGCAACCCGCUCGGCUGCGCCGUGUCCAUCCGAGCCCUUGAGCUGGUCGAGGAGGGCGGGCUCGCCGAGAAGGCCGACCACCUGGGAAAGCUGUUCCGUGAUGGUCUGGCCGCCUUCAAGUCGCCCAUAAUCAAGACGAUCAGGGGCAAGGGGCUUCUGAACGCUGCUGUCAUUGACGAGUCGGCUGCCGGCGGCCGGUCUGCGUGGGAUCUGUGCAUCCUCUUGAAGUCGAAAGGAUUGCUGGCCAAACCCACCCACGGGACCAUCAUUAGGUUCGCGCCGCCACUGGUGAUCACGGAGGAGGAGCUUCGCAAGGCUCUUCAGAUCAUUGGGGAAGCAUUGCAGGAGCUGCCAACAGCAGAGAAGUCGAAUGGUCACUAGAGUGACACAGUGACUGUGUAUGACCAACCCAAGAUGUCUAGAAGGCGGCAAAGACGGGAUGAGAAACAAUUAUUAAGUCAAGGGGGAGCUGGAUGCACUAGAAUGCGCUAGCAAAAGAGAUCGCCCGCUUAGAAGUCGCCAUCCAAAGCAUUACUGUACUCGUUGAUGGGCUUCUUUCCGAGCAACUACACAAUCUUAUUACCAAAGAAAGGAAUCGCCUUUCCCUUGCACUGCUGCAGACAUUGAGUUCAAAGCCCCUCUCUUAUCGCUC